AUGCUAACGGAAACGCAACUACGACAAUUUCAGACCGAAGGUUGUGUCACGAUACCUGGGGCAUUAUUGCCGGAAACGGUAACGACACUUCUACAAGAAUCCAAGCGCAUGAUUGCAGGCCUGGAUCUUGAGUCUCAUCCGAUGACCAAGUUCAACACCGGAGACGACGAAGAGUCACACGUUGGAGACGAUUAUUUUCUGAAUUCCAGUGAUAAGGUGUCGUUCUUUUUUGAGCCUGAUGCUAUCGACAAAAAUGGCAGGUUGGUUCGCGAGAAAGAGACUGCUAUCAAUAAGAUUGGUCAUGGUCUCCAUUUUUUGAAUAGUGAGUUCAACAAGGCUACUAUCAAUGGGUUUAAUGCUGCGAUAGCCUCUCAGAUUGGAUUUUCCGAUCCUCGGGUACUUCAAAGCAUGGUUAUUUGCAAACAACCUUCGAUUGGCGGGAAGGUGCCCAGCCAUCAAGAUGCAGAGUUUCUGUAUACUCAGCCACAGUCAUGCGUUGGCUUUUGGUUUGCUCUCGAAGACUGCACACUCGAGAAUGGUUGCUUGAGCUAUGUGCCUGGUUCUCACUUCACCGCUCCGAUAGUGCGACGGUUCGUCUCAGGCCCUGCGGGCACGAAGUUCAUUAAUCCAAACACUGGUCAAGAAUGGGAGGGGUUCACGGAACAAGAGCAGGCUGUUCGCGAGAAUGAGUCGCUUUUCAAGACGGUCGAAAUUCCAGCAGGUACCCUGGUGUUGAUUCACAGUAACCUGAUACACAAGAGCGAGCGCAAUACGAGCGCCGCAAGCAGAUACGCGUAUACUUUCCACGUCAUUGAGGGCGAGAGUGAGUAUGACGCACAGAAUUGGCUACAGAUUCCGCCAAAUAAGCCAUCCGGGUCACUCAAUUUUACUUCAUUGAGGGUUAGUUGA